AUGUCCAGCAAAUCGAAUUCUAGUAAACGGGUUCAUGGUGGAACAAAGAUUUCAAUGACUUGCAGAUAUAUGUCGCCCGUUAAGUACCUUAAACAUGUUGGUGGUUGGAUGGUGGCAGUUUUUUGUUUUGUAGCUCCCCAGAAACGGGGUUCCACUAAGGUAUCUUCCUCAGGAACACCAAAACGGAUUUCUGUGUCUCCUAUCGAUUCUCAAAGAGCAGAAGCUAUUAAGGACUGCAUCGACUUCAUCAACUCUUCUUCUUCAUCAACUGGGUCUAAUUCCACACCAAAAUCUUGUCAUUCUUACUUAACUAGAGGCACAUCACUGUCUGUUGAAAACAAAGACCAACUUCUCGUUUCGUCUGAUGGCCUUUUCACAGCCGGUUUUCAUCAAGUUGGGGUGAACGCGUACGCGUUUGCAGUGUGGUUCUCUGAGCAAACCACACCAGGAGAAGGUCGUAUGGUGGUUUGGAUGGCUAACCGAGAUACACCGGUGAAUGGAAAGCAGUCAAAACUCUCAUUAUCAGAAAAUGGCAAUCUUGUUUUGACAGAUGCUGGUGAUUUUAUUAUUUGGUCAACCAAUACAAAGUCAAUGACUGCAGAAGUUUUACUGCAACUACAGAACACAGGUAACCUUGUACUCCAUGAAGGAAAAGAUUCGGAAAUGCCACUUUGGCAAAGCUUUGAUCAUCCAACAGAUACUCUUCUUCCGGGUCAACCGUUUACCAAGUUCACACAACUUGUUUCUUCAAGAAGUUCUACUAAUUAUUCUUCGGGUUUAUAUAAACUCUUUUUUGAUAAUGACAGCAUUCUUCGAUUACUAUACGAUGGCCCAGAAACAACUAGUGUUUACUGGCCUCAUCCAAGUUUUAGAGUUUGGGAGGUUGGGAGAUUGCAGUAUAUAUUUAGUCGUCUAGCGUUACUUGAUUUUUAUGGUGAGUUCAACUCGUCGGAUGGUUUUAGAUUCAAAGCAGCUGAUUUUGGAACAACAAGACAAAGAAUAAUGAAGCUUGACAUAGAUGGCAAUAUAAGAGUUUACAGUCUUGUUAAGCAUGGAAGAUGGGUGAAAUGGGAAGUUCAGUGGCAAGCCAUUCAGCAUUCAUGCUUAAUUCAUGGUACUUGUGGACCAAAUAGUCUUUGUACGUAUUCUCAUGAUUCGGGCAGCAAAUGUGUUUGCUUACAUGGGUUCAAAAUGGUGAAUUCUCUGGAUUGGCGUUACGGUUGUGAACCAGAAUUCCAUCUAUGUAUGCAAGAAGAUGACUGUGGUUUUGAUUUUAUCAAGCUUCCUCAUGCACAAUUCUAUGGGUAUGAUAUUCGGUUGCUCCCUAAUUACACACUCAAUGCUUGCAAAAAGUAUUGCUUACAGGACACUUCUUGCAAGGGGUUUCAAUAUGGAUGGCUACCUGAGAAGGGAUUCUAUUAUUGUUUCAUUAAGAAUGCUUUGUAUAACGGUAUUCAGUUAGGAAUUGAUGAUCCAAUGUAUGUUAAACUACCAAGGAGAUUGGUGUCGUCGUUUUAUCAGCAAACUGCCAUCAAAUCAAGCUUCAGCUGUCCACCACGCCCCGUGCAGACACCCAUAGUAAGGUUUUAUGACAGAAAACACCAUCUUAAGCUGCUUGACUUCUUGUUGCUGCUCGGAUGCACAAUUGGUAUUAUUGAGAUAACGUGCAUAGUUUUUUUCUGGUAUUGUACAAGUAGAAUCACAAACAUAACCAAGCAAAACUACUUUCCAGUUACAACGGGGUUUAGAAAAUUUACAUAUCGCGAGCUGAAGAAAGCCUCAAAAAAUUUUAGUGAAGAGAUAGGAAGAGGUGGUGCUUGCAUUGUGUAUAAAGGAAGGGUAAAAGAAAAUAAGCUUGUAGCAAUCAAGAGGCUCAAGAACACUAAUCAUCAAAGUGGAUCAGAAGUGGAAUUCCAAGCAGAGAUUAGCACGAUCGGAAAGGUGAAUCACAUGAACCUGAUAGAGACAUUGGGUUUUUGUGCCGAAGGAAAGCAUAGGCUUGUGGUUUAUGAGUAUAUGGAAAAUGGAUCUUUAGCUGAUAAUUUAGGCGUUGGUAAACUCAAUUGGGACACAAUGUUUGAUAUUGCAAAGGGUACUGCAAAAGGACUUGCAUAUUUACAUGAAGAGUGUUUAGAGUGGGUACUACAUUGUGAUGUGAAGCCACAUAACAUACUAUUGGAUGCUAAUUAUAAUCCAAAAGUGGCGGAUUUUGGUCUGUCGAAACUGUAUGAUAGAGGUGGCCACAAUCAGUCAGACUUUUCAAUGAUACGAGGAACUCGUGGUUAUAUGGCUCCUGAGUGGGCAUUUAACCUUCGAAUUACCUCAAAAGUUGAUGUAUACAGCUAUGGGGUGGUGAUACUGGAGAUGAUAACAGGAAAGGGUCCAGCGGCGGUGCAUCAAACAAGCAAUGAAAGUGACGAGACCAAGCUUGCACUAAUUGAUUGGGUUAGAUUAAAAACGCAAAGAUCAACAGAAUCUUGGGUUGAGGAGAUUGUAGGUCCUUCAAAUAGCAGUGAAUAUGAUAGGGAAAGGAUGGAAAAUCUAGUUAGAGUUGCACUGCAAUGUGUCGAAGAAGAUAGGGAGGCAAGACCCUCAAUGAGCCAGGUGGUUAAUAUGAUUAACCAUCUAUAACCAUGCUUUAUAUUAAAAAAAAAUAUGAUAGUUGCAAUAUUCUUAAAUCUAACAAGAAUAAUCUGGUUAUUAAAGUGGUAUAUUGAAUAUAAUUAAUAAGAAUAAUCUGGAAUUAAAGUGUCUAGACCACACCAAAAAAGCGAGCAAAAAAUUACUCGUAU